AACAAGCUCCUUCCCAGCCCGCGACCGACACCUUCGUUACCCUUACCGGUUGAAACUCCGCGAACGGACUAUCGCUGUGAGGAGUUAAUAAACAAAAGCUCCUAACAGAUCUGAAGGAAUCGGCAUAAAUGUAAACAAAUUUGGAGGAAGAUCGCGGACGACCAAAAAGCCUUGUCUUGUGUCACAAGUUGUGACGGAAGCGUCGCGUUUUACCGGUGCAUUAUCCAGUUUGGUAUACAACCAGCUGAUAUACGAUCCAUCUAUCCCACUCCACGUGAUCAGUGUAACGUAUGAAGAAUUUCCCUCAAUUACCUGGAAGGAAACAAGAUAUUUUCAGUGAAGAUUAGACAGUGAUGACGACACUGAGAGUUCUCACCCUCAACUGCUGGGGUGUGUUUAUCCCGGGUACAGUCAAGUAUCGACGUGAACGUAUUGAGGCGAUUGCAGAGGAUAUCUCUCAGCAGCAUUAUGACAUUGUCGUAUUAUGUGAGGUAUGGUUGAAGAGUGAUUACCAACGCCUGUGUAAAAAACUUAUACCCAGAAUGCCACAUUCCCACUAUUUCUACAGUGGCGCCAUUGGCAGCGGCGUGUGUAUGUUCUCCGUCCACCCAAUGAUUGAGACCGUCUUCCACCAGUUUUCUCUCAAUGGAUUUGCACACAAGCCCUACCACGGGGACUGGUUCGGGGGCAAAGGUGUCGGACUCUGCAAGUUCAACGUCAACGGCUUGACGGUCAAUGUGUAUGGAUCACAUUUCCAUGCCGAGUACAGACGUGACCAUGACGAGUACCUGGCUCACCGCGUCGCCCAGGCCUUCCAGAUCAGCCAGUUUGUGAGACUGACGUCGGAGGCGUGUGACCUCGUGCUGCUUGGGGGGGACCUGAACGUGGAGCCAGUGGACUUGGGGUAUAAGCUGAUCCGGACCAAUGCCCACUUGCUGGACUGCUGGCUGGACAAGAAGCGGACGUCAGGAUAUGAGCAUGGCAACACAGAUGAGGUCCCCAGCAACAGCUUCUCCAGCCCACAGCCGGGCUACCCCGAUGGGAAGCGCAUCGACUACUGGCUCUACAGACCUAGUCCAAACAAAAGUGUGAGUGUGGAGGAGUGCAGCGUCAUCAUGAACAAGAUCCCCGGGCGCAGCUACAACUUCUCCGACCACGAGGCCGUGCUGGCCGUGCUGCGCCUAGAGACGGGCGACUCCGCAGAGUCUGCAGAAUCACGGGAUGCCAGGUUGUCAGAGAGAGACAAUCUUCUGGGGAUAGCAUUGACAGAACUAGAGCGUGGACAGAAACAGACAGAGAGUGACAAGAGUUUCUUCCAGGUCCAGGUGUUGGUGCUGAGCGUCCUCCUGUAUCUCCUGGAGACGUCGGGAGGGCUUGUACCCUCGGCCCCGCUCCUCCUCUCUCUCGUCAAGCUGCUGCUAAUCAUUGCCAUCGCUGUUUGUGCAUGGACAGGAUUUAUAGUGAAGAGGAUCGAGGUACACGGGCUGCAGACAGUCGCUGCUGACGUCGUCAACCUCAUCGAGAGUUCAGCUAGGUCAAAGGUGAAGCCAGAGAUCACAGAACCUCAUGUUCUUACUUGAAUGGAGGGGUGGAGACCAGAUGGGUGCUUGCAACAUCCAAGACAGGACCAAGUCAAUACUGAGACGUUAUGGCACUGAGGGGGACCAAACGAUUAGGUUUUGUGAUACAAGUUCUAUUUAUUUGUUUUGUAUUGUAUGUUUCCUUCUAAAUAUCUCUGGUUCAGAA